GCUCGAGCUGUGCUUUGGCCUUCCCACCUCUUACCGUCAACAGACUGCGAGCAGCAGUAUGUUAUUUGCAUAUCUCGCCAGCCUUUCCUUGCUGGUUUAUGGCGGUGCUAUCGAAGAGGAAUGCUCUGCGGUCGCGCCGGCCAUGCUACAAAAGAAGAAAGUCAUGGCAUUAGAGGCUGCCUCUCCGAACCUGGACCUGCCAGAGCUGCCCGAUUUGGGUCAGAAGCUUUCCAAAGGUCCUUUGUUCGAGCAAUGCAAAGCCAGGAAGAUGCCGGACCAAUCGCAAGCAGCCCGCGGCCAGCAGAACUCUUCCGUGAGUUUGCUGUACUCAGGGGCCGAGUGCAACGUGCAGGAAACGACAUUGGUGGCAUUCUCCAGUCAGGGUUCAGCCACGGUGACUUGCUGCAAUGGCAUCAAGUGCAGCGGUUGUGCCACGAUCAGCGGUGGCAAGUGCUCUGCCUGCGCAGGUGGCUUCCACAAGGGCCCAGAGACUUGCAGAGCUUGCCGGGAUCUUCCUGGAUUCCUUGACCCUGCCGGCCACGCAUGUGAGCACUAUGUUGCCACCAAGGCGUGCGAAAACGGAGUCAUUUCGACCUCGAAAUUUCAGGCCAAUUUCGUUCAGCACAUGCAGUUGGAGGACUACCGCUUUGCUGGCGUUAGUGCAAAAGAUGCCUGUUGUGCAUGUGGUGGCGGCAUGCGCGCCAGCACUCCUUUCCGAUAUUCAUCAAUCAGCCGCUCCUUUGUGCUGGGAGAGCCCAUGACUGAUCUUCCACACCCACGAACGGCUUCCAGCUACCGGGUUGCAGGUGUCCUGGAAGGAUCUGGUUGUGAUUUGCACAGCUAUGGGUUGAGCUUGGAUGCAGUCACCGGCCAGAUUCAGGGCACGCCCAUUGCAGAGGAGCCAACAGCAAUCGAGUGUUCCAUUGAGGCGUUGCAAGAGGAGUCUGAGGGUCUCAUUGCCAAUGCCACUGUGAGUCUUGAUCUCCAGUACUUUGCCUACAAUGCGAAAAUAUUGUCCUUUCCAUCCGAUGGCUAUGCCCCCAGGACGAAGCAAGGUGUCAGUUACAGCAACUGGCGAGUGGCUUGCACGCCCGAUGCUCCCUGGCUGGAGAUCUUGACAGAUGGGACCUUGCGGUCAAGCAGUUCAGCUCCUGUUCCUGAAGCAGCUUUGUGCACUGUGACAGCCCACAACGGGACUGCGGACCAGGCUUUGACGCUCUCAGUGACCUACCCAGACCAUUGGACUUCAAUGAGUGUUCACCAAAUCUUGGGAGGCAAGAAGAAGCCUGUGGGUUCUGUCUUGAACCUAGUAGCUGGCCGGUCUCUGCCCCCGCUCAUCCUGUCAGAUGGCUCCGAUCACAAGGUGCCCCCAAUCGCAUUCUAUGCCGCUUGCGAUGCGACUGGCGGGCAGUCAGUGACUUUCGAUCUCACCACUGGAGAUGUGGUCGUGCAGGGCCAUGUUGCAUUUCGUCUCGGCAUGCUGACUGGGGAGUUGACAGGCAUUCCAGACAUGGCGGUGCUCAAGAAUUGCGCAAACACCGCGCGCUGCAAAGUGCGUCUCUCAUGCACAGUCUUUGGGGAGCUUGCUUUCCAGCCACUGGGCUCCACUCCCAAAUUCAUCAAGCACAGCUUUGAAGUGAACAUCCGGGAUGACACUUGCUGGCAACGGACAGAGUCCAAGAAGUGGAAGAUCCUGAAUACUCUGACAGGCCAUGGAACUUGCCGCUCUCGCUGUCGUGCUGAUUCUGGAUGUUCGGCUUAUCAGGAGAGUGGUGAUUGUUACUCCUUGCGACGCGUGUCAGAGGCAUCUUGCCCUGAAGCCUGCUUGACUUGCGGCAUAGGCAUUUGCAAAGAGUUUUGCCUCAAUGGCCAGUGCUCCACCCCCAUGCAGGCCACAUCCAUUGAUUGUCGGGGUUGUGCUGCUCCCGACUUCUCCAGUGCCUUCGUUCGCAUCAACAGCUGUGAUGCGCAGAGCGGCUGUUUUUCGGUGGAGAAGCUUGGGGGCGGGGCGGCGUUUCUUGAGGGCGAGUACUGCCCUCCAGAGGGCGGAGAGAGCGAUGGCCUGUUGCCGUUUUAUGCGAAGUCAGGCGAGGUGCCAUCAUCAACUCUCUACUUGGCUCCCUGGCAGUCGUCUCGCGAGAGCACUUCACCUUGCCCAGAUCACUCUGCAUGGGUGAUUCGAAGGAGCAGUCCCUUGGACUUCAUCGAAAGCGACUAUGUCGAGCUCAGGGGAGAGGUUUUGCUUUGCAUGGCCAAUCCUGCCUCCUCAAGCUCUUACGGCAUUGGAGAUGAGAUUUUGGACGAGCUGGCUUCCGUUGUGCCCACGACCAUUGUGGACCCGGGAUACCUUCAGCAAGUUGGCAGCAAGGAUUGGGAGACAGGUGGUUUCCUGCGCGACGGAAGGAAGCUUCAGCGAUCGCAAGGGCAAAGUGGCUGGCUUUCCGCGCAGACAAAGCGGCAUGCCAAGCACCUCAGUGUGACAUUCACACUUUCUUCUGCAUCGAAGCACAUGUUUGCCCUCACAACCUCGCCCGGCAACAAGCCAUCACAGCUGCAAUCGAGCUUGAUAGCUUACGAGCAGCUGGCUGGAUCCCAAGAGCAAGAUGCAGAGGAGACUUCCUGGGGGAGGAGGAGGAGGAGUCGGAGGAGGAGGAGGAGUUCCGCGACUACCGCGGCCCCAACCACCGCGGCUCCGACCACCGCGGCUGAGACGACAACCACUGCCCCAACCACCGAGGCUCCGACGACAACAGACGCCCGACGCCGCAGAUCCAGACGGCGAAGAACCACAACUACCACCACCACAACAACAACUACCACAACCACUACGACUACGACCGCUGAUCAGAACUAUGCUGGGAUCCUUGUGCAAAACGGUGAUCUUGUAGUUGCUACGACCGGUCACACAUCCAAUGCUUUGAUCCUUCCAGCGACCAAUAGCAUAUCAAUUGGGAUUCAUUAUGUCGAUGGCUUCUAUAUCAUCAAUGUUGCAGAGCAGCAGGUCUACUCUGGCCCAGCUCUGUCUGAUAGUGUCUAUGCUCAGAUUUGGUCCGCUUCUGAUGAUGUGGUGGAGAUCGCUGAUUUGCUGGAUGAAGUGGUUCUUGCACCGGUUGCCCAAGAGUGCAGCAGCCCUUUGGAAGACCGCAAAAAGUCCAAGUCAAAUUCAAAGGAUGAUGCAAGUGGGGCAUUUGUGUUCAACGACCCGGAUGCACCAGCACAUGUGACACCUUUCUACACCUUAUCAGCAUGUGAAUGCUUCGCUGGCGCAUUCGGUGCAAACAGUCCUGUCAGCGAGGAGACCUAUGGCAAGAUGCCCCCAGGGAGUAACAAUCAGUACAUCCCACCAAGCAUGCUGAUUGUUUCUGGCAGCUUCACUUGCGAACCCCACAAUCUGAUCAAGUCUCUAGUCAAUGUUGGACUGGAGGGGUGUGAGACGGCUUGCAAGAGUGGCGAGCAUGACACGGACAGCACGACGUGCGGCUUCUAUUUCAGUGGCACAUACACAGACAUGACAGUGUGUCGGUUGUACAAAGCCUGUGACAGCUUGGUGCGUGAGGUCAACAGCAACGGGGAACUCUUUGGGGUUGCGAAGCAGGAGGCAUGCCUUGUUGCAGAUGCUGAGGCGUGCCAACCGAUCAAGCGGGAAAAGUGGCUGGCAAAUGGCCCAGAUCCGGCGGGCAGCUGUUUGUUUGAAGAGCUGUUUGCGCAGUGCGAUUCAUCGCUGAUCCAUGGAGGCCAUGGUGUUGCAGAAUGUGGCACCUGCACGCACAUGCUUACUUCUCAAACAUCAGUCAUCACUUCCAAGCUCAAACGCCCGUUGCCCAGUAGUUUCAGUGCUGGCUCGGCACUCACAGUGAGCUGUGCGGAAGGUUACAGUGGCUUGAAUCGAUUUGGUAACGAGCUGAAACCGUCUCAGCACAUUGUUUGUCAAGAUGGAGAGUGGGUCGAUCCCCAUGGCGGUCCUGGGCUCAUGGCUUUACAGUGCGUGGCUUGUUCUCGUGCUACACCGGGGAGCCUCACUCAGAGCUUGCGAGAUUAUAUGGCCUCAUCGCAGCAGGAACGCUGGUGGCUCAACCGGCACCCAGUAGAAAUCCGAUCUUGGGACAACCUUUGCUUGGCCAGUGGAGAUUCAUUGGGAAAUACCCAAGUUAGCAUCACGUUCUCGGAUGCAACGGACGUAUCCCACCGACGACGGAGGAAUGUUGAUUCCGGCGAAGCCUUUCAGGCCAUGUACUGGGGCAGCAGCAGCAACAAACAUUAUUUCGGCUGGAAGGGCGACCAGUCCAGCUGCCGCUUUGACCAGAGGACAGCCGUGUCUGCGCUGGCCAAUGAGAAGAGUCUCGCCGGCUCUGGCACCAACCAGGUCUCGGAAGAGCUCCAGAAUAUUGUAAAGGGCAUCGAGUACCAGAUUUCUUUCAACAUACGGGGUGGUGGAUGGUGGUCCCAAGGUGUCACGUCGUAUUUGAGCAGCAACACAUGCUAUGGCUCCAGCUGCCCCGUGGAGCUCUCUUGCCCUUCGGGCCAAACUCUCUUUGGCUGUGAAGCGGUGCCUAGCUUUGGCGCGAAAGCUACACUGCUUGGCACGGAAGCCACGGCAGACGGAAAGUGUCGAGCUUGGGGCCAGAACGCCAUCGGUGCUGACACGGAAGUCGGCAGUGAGAGAACCAGCAACGGCAACCAAGACAGUUGGACCAGUGAGGCAUCAUGCCCAAGUGGCUAUGUGGCUGUCAUGCCGGCACGGCUGUGGAGUUUGGAUGACCCCACAACCAACCGCGACGAUUGGAGCCUUAACAAAGCCGGAGCGGGUGGCAAUUCGAAAGGCAGUACAGUAAGCUGUCCAGCAGGCACCUACAUCACCCGGAUUGAUGUGUGUGCAGAAGGCAAGUGGGAUGAGAUUUAUCAGAUGCAAUGCUCAGAUGGCAGCUGGGUGAGAACCCCAAACGGAAGUGACAAGGACGGCGAUUGCUGGCAGAGUCGACGCCGGAGGGAUAGUCGACGGAGGGAUGAACAUGGCCGAAGAAGGUCAACCAACUUCAAUAACGCCGCUGGUGUGAGAAGGAUGAAUGGAAGAACCGGCACGUGGGCGGACAAGAUUUGCUUCGAGGACAGUCCAGGCAGCAACACAUACAACUGCAAGGGCAACACCAACUCCGAUUAUUUCGAUUGGAGCUGUGGAAGCGACGGCUUGAUGUCUGGCUAUACGGAGUACAGCCGCCGGCGCAGCAUCGCCUUCAAUUGCCGCCCGAAGAAGCCGGUGAUCAAGUCCUUCACCUGCAGCAACAACGGCUGCAAGGUGAGAUGCGCCAACGACCGAUGCAAAGUGAGGCCCUACUGCCUGAAGGCCUCGACCUCAGAUGUGGGAACUGGCAACACUGCAUCCACCAACUCCGGGGGGCAGUAUACCGGUUGGUCCACAUGCCCUUCUGGCAUGAGCGCAACGGGACUAAAGCACAUGGAGUUGCAGGGCAGCGUGGAAGAUGGCCGUGCCACUUCUCUCCGGAAUAUUGUUUGCGAACACAACAGAUGCAAAGCAAGAGCCGCUUCAACCGGUUUAACGAUCAAGACGGCUUGCGUGCGCGACUCUCGCGUCACUCACGGAUCGGAGACAACCGGCAAUCCAUAUGCUUGGUCAGCUUAUUCUACGUGCCCGUCGGGCUACAAUGUUAUUGGAGCUGCCAGUGCCACCAUGAGCAACGAGCAGGAUUCUAUUCGCGUCCUGGAGUGUAAUGCCGACGGAUGCAAGAUUUGGUGCGUUGGGACAGGCACGUGCAAAGUGAAAGCAUCCUGUUUGUCUGCGCGGACCAAAGCUCAGGUUCGAUGCUCUCCAGCCCACAAGGCCCUGCAAGUACGGCACUCAGAUGGCGGAUCGGCCGCAAACAAUUGCCCAUCAAGCCACACUGCUAUAGACUGCCUUUGCUAUUCUUCUGGAGGCUACUGCCCAAACUCGCCCCCCUCAUCGUGCAACAACUUUUACUUUGGCCGAAGAAGGGGCAGUGGCCGUUUCACACGCGUGUGCACCCAGGGGAAUGGUCAGGUGCAAGUAUCACUUGGCAGCGCAAGCUCAGCUGCCCUUGAGUAUGGAGCUUCGUACACAAGCAGCUCGAUCAAAUUGACGGCGCGGGAAUCUGGCAAGGUUCCCCUCAAAUUCAAGGAGACAGGUGGUCAACAUGUCACUGUCAAUGUGAAGGACGUCAGCAUCAGUGACCUGGUAACUAGCGCAUCAGAUCAAAGCCUGAUGAUCGAUGCCAACAACGAUUGCUCUGGUUCUCGAUGGGAGAUUGAGCUAGAGGCGAGUGAGCAAGGGACCCCAUACAUGGUCACCAUUACCUACGGCGACAGUCGCAAAGAUAUCGACACAACUGGCUGCAUGGUUGGAACAGAGGGUCAAGUGGUGGAUGCUUCCAGCACCCAGAAAGUAGUCCCCAAGGGCCAGUUCAAAUCCGUGACAAAGUCGAUUUUCGUUCGUGGUAGUGGAGGCAAGGGUCGCUUGCAGUUCUCGGGAGAGCUCGCGUCUGGAUGUACCGGCAUCAAUAAGAUUCACAUUUCCAGGGAGGAUUCAGUGUUUUGGGAGACCUGUGGCACUCCCUUCAGCAAAGGUUGGGAGUUGCUGCAGUCCCAACAAGCCACAGGCAACGCUCAGCUGGUAUAUCGCAACAGAAAAAGCAUUGGUCUUGCGUGUGUUGAGCCCAUGACCGGCAAGAUGGUCGACUGUGCUCCAGAGAGUGACAUCCAGCAACAUAUCCAUCAAGUCUUCAGCUUGGACUACUUAGCGCCUUUGGUAGCCAAAUGGACACAACUCGCGUCUGGGCAGAACCUUCAACCUGGCUCUUGUGUCCAUGCACGUAACAAGUACUUGCCCAACCUGAACAUUGGCCAGGACCUCGUUGGCUGUGGCCCAGGACAAGUUCUGAGCUCCUACUCCUUCCGACAAGACAGCUCUUGCAACCAUGCCGAUUAUUAUCGGUACUUCUACGGCUGCGAAACGAUUGUUCCUGUCGGCUCCACAGGUGCUUGUUCACAAAAGGCCACUCGCUGUAUCGCCCAUACUAGCAGCUCGCCACACCUGUGGGAACUUGAUAGACAUGAUGUUGGAGCUGAUUGCGAAGCAGGAACGCUCAUGACGCGGUUUGCCUACAAAUCUUGUCAAGGUGAAGAUGGAGCUGGCUACCAGUAUACCUACACAUGCUGCUCUGUUCAGGGUAUUGGUGAGUGCCAAGAAAUAGAAACCGAAUGGGGGGAGGUUGGCCACUUGAGCGAUUUGUCGGCGUUGGGGCAUCAUCGACUUGAGUGCCCUCGAGACACUGGCCUAAAGCGGUUUCUGCUGGAGGCGCAAGUUCCGGAGGUGGCUGCGGGUGAGCCGCUGCAAGGGGAAGUUCGAUACAACUUCAUUUGUUGUGCCUUGCCACUGGCGCCUCCAGUCAGCGUGCGGACAGGGCCACUGUUGGAAGAUGAUGCUAAGUUAUGGGAAGGAACGUAUUGUCCUGCAGGCCGCACGGAGGGCCGACCGGACUUGAGCAGGGCGAAGGACUGGAGCCUCCCAUUCUCCCUGGAGCCGAACACGAUGUGUGGUGCCACAGCAAAUGGUUGCAGUACUUCCGACGCUAAUCUCUUCAUCGGGGCCAAUGGCGAGGGAUGGGACUAUGCGCCCAGGGGCUUGGCUGAGGCAAUCUGCGGCAAAGUUUGCGCAGCUCAUACCGAGUGUGGAGGUUUCAAUUGGCAAGGACUCAAAUGCUACUAUAGGAAGAAUACCACUUGCAACGGAAAGCGCACUAGAGGCUCCACGGAUUGUUGGACCAAGAUUGACCCCGAUGCCAUGAAGGUGUCCUUUGAUCGGCUUUCAGGCGCGUGGUGCUUGAAGUCGAAGUCUUUUGCACCUUUGUGCUCCUCUUCUGUCGCUGCACAUCCUUUGGAGUUGGGUGCGGGGCUGCAAGAGGGUGUGGAUUACACGCCUUUGGAGCCAAUGACCACCGCCUUUACGGGAAAUGGGGCAGUGGAGGUCGGGCGUGAUCAGAUGGACCAAAGCCUUUUGGGUCAGGGGCAGGGGGCCAAAUCCCGGGCCGGAAGCAACGGCGGCUUGGGCAAUAAAAAGUUCAAGAAGCUGCCAAAGAUCCCGAAGGCCAAGUUUGAGAUGGCAAAGUUUGAGGAGGCGGAGUUCAAGCCUUUCGAAGGCGAGAGGAAGGAGUUGGAGAGGCGCAGCGUCACAGAGACCGUCUUGAACUGGUCGCCAGAGCCUGUGAGCUACGCUCCUCACUGCCUGGCACGUGAGAGUCGGGAAAAGAUCAUUGGUGCUGAGCCUGUUGAGGGCGAGCACUACCUCAGCAAUCAGGAGAAACAGAAAGAUGUUGUGGGUGCUUGCUAUCAUGCUCUCGGAGUGGACAGCACUGGCGCUGCGGCAGUGGAAACUUGGGGAGAAGACGGGGUACCAGGAAAGAAGAACACGGAUUGGCAAGAGCCAUUCGUAUGGUCCAAGCCAAAUCCAUCCUUUCCUGGCUUGACCGCUGAUGCAGUUUGGGACUGCAGCACCCGUGACAUCAAUCGAGGCUGGAAGAUGGCGAAUUGGGACAGGGAAGCUGAGUUGAGAACAAACUUCCUCGAGAACUACUUUGAGCCGACCUACAAGAGCGCUUGCUCCGCCAUUGUUGGGGUCAUAACCUUGGCCGGAGCCAUAGCUGCCUAUGCAGGAACCAAGAACGAAGUCAGCCAAAUUUGUGAAUCCAUAGGUGCUGGGACACAAGCUGGCGCCUUGUAUGCGAUCGAGCUUGUACAAGACUACCGCAACAAGCGCUUCAUUGAGAGCGACUUUGCUGACUGCAACCCACUGCAGAACACCAUGGCCAAAGUUUACUGCGAUCUCGCUUGCGUGGAAGACGCAGUGAAGAGAGGUGACCAGCAGAUUCUGAGUUCCAUUGGCACGAUGAAUCACAACAUACUCUCUGAGAUGAAGGCCUUCUUUGACCACUACGUCUCUGAGAUUUUUGUGCGCCUCACGCACAUCGAAGACAAAUCCAGUCAUGAGGUUCAGCAGCUGAAGCAGACUAUGGACACCUAUGCCAAGGCUGAUAUUGAUGCCGUGAACUCCAACGGCAAGCAGAUCAUCAGUGCCAUGAACUCGCAGCACUCUGCCAUCAACAAGAACCUCGGGGAUGCCGCGAAGCAAAUCUUUGAUCUGAACCAUGAGGAGCACAAGGUCAUUGCUCAGAAGAUGGAUGCUCAUUUGGACGCCACCACUGACGCUAUCGACAAGCUACAGGAGUCGACGGUGCAGGGCUUCAGCGAUGCGUUCAGCGAGUUUUCGGAUUCUCUACAGGAUGCCGAUUCUGGUUCUGGAAGUCUCCUCCAGGAUCUUCACAAGCUUCACAACGCCACGCGCAACGCAUCGGAAGACUUCUCCACUUGGGCGAAGGACUCCAUGCACAAAAUGAGUGGUGAGAGGCUGCAGCAGAUUCAUCAGAGUCUCCAACGCUUGCUCUCGAGAAUCCGUUCCAGAAAGCAAGCAAACGCGACGCUGCAUGAUGUGUGGUCCUUGCAUCAGGAUGCCCAGGGAACUUUGCAGGACUUGCUGAGCUUUAGAAGCACGAAGCAUUCUGCCACCAACCCAGCACCACGGCUGGAUGCCGACAUGAAGAAGCUGCUGAAAGCUGCGGAGUUGUCGAUUCAAAGCCAUCAUCUCUCCUCUGAGCGGAUGGGCAAGAGGAUGGGAGCGAUGCAGUCCUCCGCAGCCUCAAGAUGGUUCCUUGAGGAAAAUCUUGAGAUGCAGCUACAAUCGCAGCUGGUGCAGUUUGACAAGGUCCUGCUAAGCAUUCGUCAGGCUGCCGAGGAUUACUUGGAUGCUGCCAGCGAGCAGGUCGAGCUAACUGCACAUGCCACAGAACUCACGAACCAGUACUUGUCCGAGUGCAGUGCGGACUAUUGGGAGCUACAACUUGCAUCCCAGAAAGCCAUGUCUUCUGGCAAGAAGGCAGCCAAGCAGGCCCGGGUGGCUGUCAGCCAUGUCACUCAGCAGGUGGGCCUGUUGGCUGAUGUCAUGGUUGAUGGCGGCCUCCUUCGCUAUGUCGUGGAAGAAGCUGCUUUGAAGCUUUCCCGGGAAAAGUUGGACUUGGCACCUCAAAGCAGCGUCCCCGUCGUGUCCUUGCACAAAGAGCUCCCAGGCGUUCACACUCAGCUCUUUCGGGAGCUUGCACGCCGCAUGCGCCCGAUCAUGCCCAGGGCAUGGGCGGCGCUGCAGCUCGUGCAAGACCUGCAGAUGCGGCAAGAGAUGCACGGCAUGGCGCGCGCCGGCGUCAAGGACGCUGAGCUGAUGCUCUCAUCCUGGCAGAGAUUGGACGCGGAGAUGCAGGAGGUGGUGCGCUCAGCCGGAAGUCCUGAGACCGCGAUUGGCACGGUCUUCAGUCAACACCUAGAGGAGGCCCUGCUGACGCGCGCAAAGGCUCCGGAAGAAUGUGAGGCCGCUGGCUGGGCGCUGUGGGGAAACCUCACCAAGGAUUCCAAGAUGUCCGAGGUGGUGUUGGUGAAGGGCAUGGCCCAGUUGCUUCUGGAGAACGAGGGCAGGAAUGGCAGGAGCAAGAUUGACUUGGCGAACGAGACUGGAGCGAUGGUGUGCUCCUUACAGCCGAGUCCUUUCUCGUGGCUUUGGGGGAAAACUCGAGCUCUACGAGUCGGAGAGGUAGUCGUUUGCUUGAAUGAGAUGGAGCCAGGUUGCACUGCGGUACUUCCCAACGGCAAAUCUGCUCUGAAUGCCGAGGCAGUCCUUUGGGGGGUUUGACGUUGCACGAAGUUGCAAUGCAGUUCCACGUAUUUUUGCGCAAGAGACAUAAUUGUCAGAUAUAAGUGCAUAAUCAAGUGCAAUUCAGUCUCUCUCGCUGUGGUCACCAACAUUCCUUUUUUCAUAUCCUAUGCGAGAUGGCGCCGAACGUGGCCAGAAAAAGCAACGGCGCAAGCAGUAGGCUGUUGGCCCCGACGUGGAUGAUCGGCAUUUGACAUGUUGGCAUUUGUUUGGACAGUCUUGGUUCGCAAUAGACGAUGGGUUUUGCCCUGCAUGGAGUUCGAAUCAGCUUCAAGUCUUUGGCGCCGGUCUGCGAAGACUUGGUCUAGCUUGUCAGG